AAAUCCAUAUCGACUAUACUGACGCCGCGCCGUGCAUGAAAUUACUGCUUCACACGGAUGUAGAUUUGAAUAAGUUACAGGGCUUAGGUAUUCGUUAGUUCUACUCUUCCCAACAGCUGCAACAGAAAAAAGGGGAAAAUAAGAAGUACUGAACAAAAAUCGUCUGAAGUGAAAAGAAUCAGUCACGAAUAGCCUGGCACAAGUGGAAGAAACACAAGCAAGUUCAAAGCCUUGGCCUGGCUUGACCUGGUUUAUCAUUAUCAAGCCGAAGCCAAGGUGGAUAUUCGGCCAUUCGGAGUAUUACGACUCAGACUUCAGAGUCAAAGUUUUAUCUUGGAGUUGGGCCUUGGCUAAAACCUAGGCCAGGAUCUCAGAAUCAGAUUCAGAUUAAGAAGACUGAAAGGCAGAAUAAGAAUAAGAUUUCGCCCAUCAAGCAAGGCAGCUGCGUGUGCGUCAAAUGUUUGUGGAUAUCGUGCAAUAAACUAGUCUCUUCAGUCCAAAGACCAUCGCAUUGACGUUACCAUGUGGCGUGUGAAGCCCCUGGCUUUGGGUUCUUUCCCUUCGCUGAUGUCCCGUGUCGGAUUGUGCCGCCAUGCAAGUGCAGCAGCAGCAGCGGGGAAGGGUAAGCAGCGAACCAUGGCGAUCAGACGGGAGGACUAUGGCUCACAAUGGGAAAGAAGAGCACCGCUGAAUCCAUUACAUGUCAAAUCAUUGGUCGAUCAGGGUGUCAAAGUACUUGUACAACCUUCCAACAGACGUGCAUACCCAAUGCAGGAGUAUGAGAGAUGUGGUGCCAUCAUCCAAGAAGACAUCAGCGAAGCAUCCCUCAUCAUGGGUGUGAAGCAAGUCCCCAUUCCACGCCUCAUACCAAGCAAGACUUACUGCUUCUUCUCCCACACCAUCAAAGCACAGACGGAAAACAUGCCCAUGUUAGAUCAGCUGAUAGAAAGGAACGUACGGCUUCUGGAUUACGAGAAGAUUGUAGAUGAAAACGGCAAACGUUUGGUGGCUUUUGGAAAGUUUGCUGGUAUUGCAGGGAUGAUCAACAUUCUACACGGCAUUGGACUCAGACUUCUAGCCCUGGGGCAUCACACACCAUUCAUUCAUAUAGCAGCUGCACACAACUACAGGAGUAGUAGCAUGGCACGGCAAGCCAUCAGAGAUGCAGGGUACGAGAUCUCAUUAGGUCUGAUGCCAAAGUCUGUCGGUCCCAUGACGUUUGUCUUCAUGGGGUCUGGAAACGUGUCACAAGGGGCAAAGGAAAUGAUAGAUGAGCUACCAGUUGAGUAUGUUGAGCCCCAGGAUCUAAAAGAAGUUGCACAACACGGAGAUACGAGGAAGAUUUAUGCAACGGUGGUCAACAGAAAAGACCAUCUUGUGAGGAAGGAUGGAGGAGAAUUUGAGGCAGCUGAAUAUGAUGAUUAUCCUGAAAGAUACAAGUCAGUCUUUAAUGAAGAGAUUGGUCCAUGGGCAUCCUGCAUCAUCAAUGGUAUCUUCUGGGACACGAAGCACCCUCGCUUCCUGACCAACAUGGACACCCAGACCCUCCUCGGUCCCAUGCACGUCCAACCGACCUCCGAGCCUGGCUGCCCCACCCUCCCGCAUCGCCUCCUGGCCAUCUGUGACAUCACUGCGGACCCAGGCGGUUCCAUAGAGUUCAUCACCGACUGCACCACCAUCGAGUCACCGUUCUGCCUCUACGACGCCGACCAUCGCCACCAGCACUUCAAGUCCCUGAGGUUCUCUGGGGAUGGUGUCCUGGUGUGCUCCAUUGAUAACAUGCCUGCGCAGUUGCCACGUGAAGCCACCGACUUCUUUGGUGGUCUCUUGUACCCUCUUGUACCUGAACUGUUGACAUCUGAUGCUACCAAGCCUAUUGAGGAAGAGAACUUCUCAAGAGUCGUAAAUGAUGCUAUCAUAUGUUCCAAUGGCAAACUAACGCAAGGCUACCAGUACAUCCAAGCUCUGAGGGAUAAGAUCGAUCCGAGAAUCCCAAUAGACAUGGCUACAGCAGAGAAGAAGGUUCUGGUCUUAGGCUCCGGCAUGAUGGUACCUCCUGUCAUUGAUUACCUGACCAGAGACAACAGUCUAGCCUGUACUAUAGCUUCUGAUACGAAGGAAGUCGCUGAGGGUCUAGCAAGUCGCUACCCUAACACAGGUGCUCUCUAUCUUAAUGUUGACAUGCAUCCAGAAUUACUCAGCAAAUGCAUCAAGGAACAUGACCUGGUUAUGAGUAUGUUGCCUCUUCAUCUACAUAGUCGUAUUGCCAAGAUGUGCGUAGAGCAUAAACGACACUUGGCCACAACCAGCUACACAUCACCGGAACUCAGAGCCCUACAACAAAAUGCUGUGGAUGCUGGUAUAACCAUAAUAACAGAAUGUGGAUUGGAUCCGGGGAUUGAUCACAUGCUGGCUAUGGAAUGCUUUGAGAAUGUCAAACAACUAGGAGGAAAGGUGAAACUGUUUGAGUCAUGGUGUGGUGGUCUUCCAGCUCCAGAGUUUUCAGCCAAUCCUCUCAAGUACAAGUUCAGUUGGAGCCCUGCGACAGCUCUGCUCGCCAUGACCCGAGAUGCCAAGUACCUCAAGGACCAGCAAGAGAUCUACCUCCCUCCCGGGAUGCACAUGGAUGCAUCGAAUGUUAACAGCUUCAACUUCCUACCAGGGUUCAACCUGGAAGGCUACUGCAACCGUGAUGCCAUGCAAUACGUCUUCCUCUACGGAAUCCCAACAGCGGAUAAUAUCAUCAGGGGCACGCUCAGAUACAAGGGAUAUUGUCACGUUGUUACUGGGCUGAGGAUGAUUGGCAUAGCGGAUGAGAACCCACACCCUGCCCUAGAUGAAGAUGCUCCAGAGAUCACAUGGAGAGAGCUGCUAUGUGUGACCAUGGGAGCAAGCAUGGGUAAGGAGUUCACCGAGGAGGAAGCGAUCAACAUGGUGUUUGAAGCAGUGGGCAGGGACCAGCAGAGACUACAAGCAGUCAGAGAUUUGGGACUCCUGUCGGAUACCGUGGUUACGAAGCAGGGUUCUCCUCUCAUGACUCUCUCUCAUCACUUGUCUCAGAAGCUUUCAUAUGGUGAAGGAGAGCGUGACCUGGUGAUCAUGCGUAAUGUGAUUGGUGUGGACUGGCCGGACGGUACUCAGACCCAUGAAGAGAUAGGAUUGACCGUCUAUGGAGAGCCAAACGGUCUCUCAGCUAUGGCUAUGACUGUAGGUUACCCGGUAGCCAUUGCAGCCAAGAUGGUGCUAGAAGGUGAGAUUCAGACGAAGGGUAUAGUCCUACCCCUGUCCAAGGACGUCUACAAGCCAAUCUUGAACCGUCUCAAGGCCGAAGGCAUCCGUGCGUCCACCCGCUCUAUCAAGGUCUAAACACCACUCCCAAACCCUGCUGAAACCAAGCUGCACAAACCUGAGGGGAGUUUCACAAAACUUGUCAUCAGUGACAAAUGACAGUUUUUGUUAUAAGCUACUGAAAUCCUUGCUUCUAACUGAUUUUUGUCAUUUGUCAUUGAAAAAAUGCUUUGUGAAACAGGUCCCUGUAUCAUACCUGUGAGAAAUAGACACCUUUGAACAUAUUGUGAAUAGUUCUAAUCCAGAGUUACCUCUUUUUAUAGUCUGCAACAUCUCCAAGAGCAGAAGGCAUCAGCGUGACUCCAGGGCCCCAUUUCACAAAACUUGUCAUCAGUGACAAAUGACAGUUUACGUUAUAAGCUACUGAAAUCCUUGCUUCUGAUUGGUUAUCAGCAGAUUUGUCACUGAUUUUUGUCAUUUGAAAUUGAAAAAAGGCUUUGUGAAACGGGUCCCAGGACUCCUGAAACAACGUAAGGAACCUGAAGACAGUUCCCUUUGAGUGAUAGAUACUAAGCUUAAUCAGUGCCCGCUCUUACCCAGGCUGAGGACCAAAAUGAUGGAGCAUCGAAGGUUUUCAGUAGACUUCUGUAUCACGAUCACAGACAGACAGACAGACAGACAGACAGCUGAUGUUGCAUGUAUUGCUUUGAUUCUGGUGUGUGGGAGGUUUAUACCUCAUGACUUUUGCCUUUCAUGGUAGCUGAGAUUUAGAUUAACCUUUGUGUAUGUGUGUGCUGUGAGCAUUGUGUUUCUAUGAAUUGCGAUAAUGAUAAAAGAAAUGUUUUACAAUUUUGAAAGAUGCUUUAUGUGGCUUCCUGUCUAUGCGUGCAAACUGAAGUUUUGUUGAGCUGUGUAGCUUAAACAAACGAGCUUCCAUUGGUAGGGGAUAUUCAUAACGUGUAGUUCAAGCAUUUGGUAGAAGUUAAAACUAAGUCUUCUUCUGAUUAGUAGACAAGGGUAUUUAUACAAGUUCAUUGUUUAGUCUUCAUGUAUUCCACUGUUUACAUACAUUAUUUUUUAAAGUCCAUAUUUGUCAAAAAAAUUCUUCAUUUAAUUUCUUGGCUUUCAGCUUGUGCUUUGAAAUAUAUCACACUCUAUGCAAGACCUCAUUUGCAUGCAUUAUAAAAGUUUUUGAAAUGUUUCUAACUUAUAUUAUUCUUUAUGCUGGCAAAAAUGGUCCUACAACCAUUACUUUGUAUUAAGCAAUUUAGACACUCGCUGUUAAAAAGUACACAUGCCAGUCCCUUUUUUUAAAAACAAUGUGGCCAACUUGUAUGACCAAGUUUUGAAACAUGAAAUGUGCCAUUGACUAAUUUUUGCAAAAAUGGUUUACUCUAAUUGACCGUAUUCAAUGUACAGAUGUCUCUUCUCAGACACCCUGGUAAUGGACUCCAGGGUUAGAAUCAAAUUAGGUGCCAAAUUUAUUGUUAUAGGAAUAUCCUGGAGGUCUGGAGAUUUUUUUUGGUCACAGAAUUAUUGAACUUGAAUACAUUAUUAAGCAGGUUUGGAAUUGGUUGAUUUAUUUUGUAUGCUUGGUGAUAUAUUCUUUGCUUGGUUAUUGAAUGCACAUCAUAUUGUUUUAAGAGCAGAGUGUAUUCAGAUAGUGUAUCUGGUGUAAAUGGCUGAAAUCCACAGAGAGAUCUGGGUUGUUUUGUUUUCUACCUACUAUUUAUUGCUGGCUGUUUUUCAAUUAUUAAUCAGUUUAUCACCUUUCAUUUGUAUUCUCUUCUUCUGUGCUGUUCAAGAGGCUUUUUAAAACGUGUGAUAUUACCAUACAUUGUAUACGUACUUCCUAUGUAUUCUAUGGUGUAAAUGGUCAUAUUUACUUGCUAGUAUUGCAUUUUAAAUAAUAAUAAUAAUGAAAUAUAAUAUUAAUAAUAAUAGUUUGUUCUUGUAUAGCGCUCAUAUCUGUCAAACUUGACACUCCUGGCGCUUGUAUUACCCAAGCUUUAGCAAAAUAAUUCAAGAGAUGCAAUGUAUGAAGAAGCAUGUCACUGAUGUCUACUUCGUGUGUGUACAAACAUUCAGUUGUUCAUCGCAUGAAUUAUCUGCAGAGUUAAAGAAAAUUGACUAGAUGGAAUAUGAACCUCUUGGGCACUGACUGUGCCACAAACUCAUUUUCAGUAAGUUUUUAAAUGAUAUGGACAUGAUAAAUAAGUACAUGUAUUGGAUGAAUCCUGUUCUCUGCUGAUGUUAUGGCCAUUAGUACCAUUUAUUACCAUAACACAGCCUUAUUGCCGGCAGCUGAGGAUAUUGUACUUGUUUUGCAUUGUAUAAAUUAGUUUCAUAGUAAGUUUCUGUGUUUGCCUUUUUCAAUAUUCAUACCGUACUGUUGUACACAUGCCAUUACUAAGGAUUUUGUCAGGUUUGUUAUGGUUGGGUCACAACAAAAUCAUGAUUCUCUGAAUCUCUUCACAAGGUCACCUUACUUAGUACUUCGAAGCACAAAAUGUAUUGAGAAUAACAGAUACUGUUAACGCUUUACUUAUCAAGCGUACUGCAUUUACAAUGAAAGUGUUAUUUUGUAUUUAUGUGUAUCCCUCGUGAAGGUUUAAAAUCGCUAAAUUUGCAGUCUAGUGUCAGUAAAUUCAUAUGGUGAUAUUUCAUUGCCUCCAAAAAUAUAGAAAUAUUUUUGUAGGUGAACACAUAUUGAAUAUGUUUUAAUAGGAACCUAGGAAAGUAAUUGAAUAAGAAGUCAAGCUGAUAAGAAGCACAAAGUGGGAAGGUCAUGGCAUGAGGCAAUGUUUUUUUAAGUGUGAUUGAAACUGUAAGAGGUAUACGUGUGUGAGAGCAAUAUUGAACUAAAAUUCAAGCUAAAGAAAUACGAAAUACAAAGUAUUCUUAUUUUGAAUUCCUAGUAAGAGAGUAAAAUCGGUACACCAUAAAUUUAGCAUAGAAAGUAGAUUUUGUAACAGAAAUAUGGCGAAACAAUCUUUACUUUCAUGUUUCUAAAAAUGUGCCCACGAUGAAAAGAAAGUGGUUACUUGCAUGAUAAAUAUUUUAGAAUAGAUUUACUUCAAGCAUGUUGCAUGCAAUAGUAUUUUGGAAAUUAAUUAUAUUUUUAAUAUUUGGUUUCUCUCUUCUAUUGUGUACGAGUAAAGAAGGUUGAAGAGUUAUGAAUCGGCGAGUGGAAAGUUUCAAGAUAAGAUAUAUUGUUAUGAAAGGUGACUUCUAAUAGAUUGGAUGAGGGUGUAGAGUCUUUUUUUUAAUGAAAUAAAGUAUAUUCAAAUAUUCAA